GCCCGAAUCGCGGCAGUCGUGAGCGAGCAAGUAAUCGUAUCGAAUGAAAUUUCGUAACGUGUCGAGUGUGCGGAUCGUCGCACUCGAUACGAAACGAAUAGAAAUUUUAUGAAAUAACUUCCCUGGUGUAGCUCUAAAUGACUUUUUCGAAUAACGAAACAAAACAAAAGAAAGAAAUAUUUGAAUUGGAAUUGAAUGUAAAUAUUCAAAUUUAUUAUACGUUUAUACAUAUAUAAAUUUACUAAAUUUAGUUUUUGCAGGCAAAAAAAUGAACCCUAACGUGUUUUUUUAUUCAAGUUCAUCUGAAUCAGAUGAAGAACAUCAGCAAAUGGCCAUAAGGUCCAGGAUCCGUGACAAAAGUAAUCCCCUGGCUUUACCUGAAGCAGCAUUCAGGAAGCGGUUUAGACUGACCAAAGACGCAUUUACAUUCAUCUUAUCGGAAAUAGAAUUUAACGGACAUUUGUCAACCGCAGUACCACCAAUUCUUCAAUUAGCAGCGACUUUGUCCCUUUUGGCGAGUGGAGGCUAUCAACACUCAGUUGGAAACGACUUUUUAAUUGGAAUGUGUCAAAGCACAGUGUGUAAAAUUGUAGGGGACGUAGUUAAUGAAAUGGAGACAAAACUUUGUCCACAUUUCAUUAAGUUUUCGCCAAACCGUUUAUCUAAGUGCACAGAAUACUUUGUUGAGAAAUAUAAAGUUCCAGGAGUUAUCGGAUGUAUUGACGGUACACAUUUUGGCCUUCAAAAACCAACUGUGAAUGAACAUAUGUUUUUCAAUAGAAAAGGAUACCACAGUCUUAAUUCAAUGAUAAUUUGUGAUUACGAACAUCGAAUUUUAGCUAUUGAUUCAAAAUAUGGUGGAGCCGCUCACGAUUCCUUUGUAUGGAAGCAUUCUGCGCAGAGGAGAUUUUUGGAGGAAGCAUAUAAUCAAAACAAUAUGAGAAAUGUCUGGCUUUUGGGUAAUAUAUGCACUUAUACAGCUGCAAAAUAUAUUUAUAAACAUAUCUACGUAUUUUCUCAAUUAACAGGAGAUUCUGGAUAUCCUUUGGAACCAUGGUGUUUGACACCAUUUAGAAACCCCGAAGUUGGCUCGUGCCAAGCACGGUUUAAUGAAAUCCAUGCAAAAGCACGCUGUAUUGUUGAACGAACCAUUGGUAUACUGAAAGGCCGGUGGAAAAUUCUUACCAAUGAUAAAAGAAGUCGGUACAGUCCUGAAAAGAUGGCAAAGUUCGGCAAUGUAUGUGCAGCGUUGCAUAACAUUUGCAUACAAUAUAAAAAUUCAACAUAUUGCAGAUAUUUUGUAAACGAAAAUAAUGAUACAGAAAUAGAUACCGGAAAUGAGACUCAAUUAACCAAAAUUGGUCAUAAAAUUAGAGAUCACAUUAUGUUGUCUUUAGAUAAUAAUUGAAUUAAACGUUCCAACAACAUUUGAAUUCAUAAGUAUUUUAUUUUAACAAAUAUAUUUUCAAUAAAGAACUUGGAAUUAACAUAUCUUAUAUAUUGGUAUUUAUUUAUGGAUUUUUCUCUUUAAAAUAUCAAGCUCAUGAGUUUUAAUCUCCAACUCUAUAGCUUUUAUUUUCAUAUCUGCAGCAUGUGCCUCUUCUUUUAUUUGGAGAGAUCUCUGCUUUAGCGCAAGUAGUUUCUCAAUAUUAUUAUUUAUUUGCGCUUGCGUUACUUCAUAUGCGCGUAAAUUGCAUUUUAAAAGAGAAAGCUUUUCACUUUCGACAGUGGGCUUCGCUUUACAUGACUUUGUCGCACUGCGACUGGUGGAUGGAGUCGGAUCUUCUUCCUCGCUAUCUAAAAUCAUUUCUACCAACU